AGCCCAAACAUUUUAGGUGGAAGACGAAUUAAUGGGCCUUGAGAAACCCCAACGAAGGCCCAACUUGAAAGCCUCAUAUACAAAUUGAUAUCUCUCUCACAAUCCCGUUCUCUUCCAAAACCCUAGCUGCUCGCAGAGACUGAGAGAGUAGCCGCAGGAUCAAAAAUGGUGUCGGGUUCUGGAAUCUGCGCCAAGCGCGUCGUCGUUGACGCCAGGCACCACAUGCUUGGGAGGCUGUCUUCUAUCAUCGCCAAGGAGCUUCUCAAUGGACAGAAGGUGGUUGUUGUUCGAUGUGAAGAAAUUUGCAUUUCUGGAGGAUUGGUUCGUCAGAAGAUGAAGUACAUGAGAUUCUUGAGGAAGCGUAUGAAUACCAAGCCAUCUCAUGGUCCCAUUCACUUCCGUGCUCCUGCCAAGAUCCUUUGGCGAACAAUCCGUGG